ACCUGGAAGUUUGAUUUCGUCUGGUCCAUGCCCCACUCCAAAAGUAAUAUCAUCUCCGAGCAUAAGUGAACACGACGAUCAUAACCAUCUCCAUUUUCAUCAUUUACACCACCAACAGCAACCGGUUAAUAUCGCAAACCAGAAUGAGGUGACACCAUCAGCCAGCCAUUUGAAGCGCAGCUCCACUCCACAAAUGGGGGGGCGGCACUAUUAUAUCGCAACAAUCACAGCAACACCAUCGUUUUCCGCAGUCUACACAGGCAACACAAAGCGGCAUGGUAGCCACUUUAAAUAGCGGUGGUUCCCUACGUCAACGAAGUGGUGGGCGUAGUCAACAGCAAGGCCUCCAAAAUCAUCAGAUGGCUGCUCCACCGCCAGCAUCUAUUUCACAUGUAUAUCCACAGCAUAAUCUACUUUAUGGUGGCCCGCCUACACAUAUACGUUCUACGGCAAAUUCACCUCAUGACUAUUUCACACACACGCCACCCGAUCGUUUUUUAGCACGAGCACAUCUCGUAGAAGCCAAAGAAGCACCCAGCACAUUAUUAAAUAAUUCUAAAUGGGAUAAUCUAUCGCAGGGCGUUUGGAAUAAAUUUAUUAACUCACAGCAAACGGAGGAAACUUUCAAACAGAAGAUGCGUCUAUGGCGUUACCUUUAUAUUAUUGUUAAGAACACUUAUCCACGUUUCGGUCUGUAUCUGGUCGGAUCAACAAUUUCAGGUUUUGGUGCUGACACCUCAGAUGUUGAUAUGUGUUUGGUGUCACGAAGUAGUUCCAGUGUGGAACCUCGCAUGGAGGCUCUGUUUAACCUUACAGUUCUACGAGAUUAUUUGAGCAAAUCAGCCGAGUUCGAGAAUUUCAACCUAAUCGAAGCAAAAGUGCCAAUAUUGCGCUUCAGGGAUCGUAUUCAUCAGCUGGAAGUGGAUUUGAAUUUCAAUAACUGCGUUGGAAUCAAAAACACGCAUUUACUCUAUUGCUAUUCUCAACUUGAUUGGCGAUUACGUCCUAUGGUAUUAGUUACAAAACUGUGGGCACAAUAUCACAACAUUAACAAUGCCAAAAAUAUGACAAUAUCGAGCUAUUCUUUGGUUCUCAUGGUAAUACACUUUUUGCAGUACGCUGUCAGCCCAGCGGUGCUCCCAUGUUUGCAUGAGUUGUUCCCUGACAAGUUCACCUUGCUGCGAUCAAAUGACUUUGGAUACGUGGACAUGAACGAGACCAUUGGGUCAUAUGAAUCAAAAAAUACGCAAUCUAUCGGUGAACUUUUUCUGUAUUUUCUAGAAUAUUAUAGUUGUUUCGAUUACGCUCAGUUUGCAAUCUCAAUUCGUACUGGUGGUAUCCUGCCAAUUAAUGUAUGUCGUCUAGCGAAGUCGUCGAAAAAUGAUAUCCACCAAUGGAAGGAGCUCUGUAUUGAAGAACCUUUUGAUUUAACAAAUACAGCGAGGUCGGUGUAUGAUUUCGAAACUUUUGAACGUGUCAAAGCAGUAUUUUUGGCUUCGUGGCGAAUGCUGCAACAAACACUUGAUCUAAACGCUGUUUUUGCACCAAUCAUCUUACCAGCACUUCAUCAUAUUGUUUCUCCAUUGAGUCACACUGUCCUACAAUAUGAAGAUUCCAAUGUUAGCACGGCAUCGGAGAUUUCAACAAGAGAAAACACUACACAUGGUUCAGAUCAAAAUAGCGGUACAAAUCCAUCUCCGACUGUUACACUGCUUGCUUUAACAAAUGAAUCGAAUAAGCAUGCUUCUAAAGAAAUUAACAACAACAACAACAGCGGAAAUAGUAACACUGUUGGUGGAUCACGGACUGAGCUGGUUUCUUGAGUUUAAAAAAGGUACAUCAACCCAAUGAACCAUUUGAUGGAUAUUCGCAUAACGUCCGCUUGUAU